AUGUGUGGAGGUGGUGUUGCCACUCCAUCAGACGCUUUAGACAUGCUUCAAUUCACAGCAGAGGAGAUUCGUGCCAUCACCACAAUUGCGAAACCAUCCAAGACUGAUGUGACGGCACACGCAUACACCGUGGAUGCUAUUCGCCACGCAGUUUACAAUGAUAUCCAGGGAAUAGAGCAUGGGAAUUUCAUUGAGGAAACUGCUACUUACGGCAAAGAGAAAGGCGUAACUUUUACUCCAAUACUGGCCACCUACCAAGGGAUAACACAGGCCCAAUUUGACCAAUUCCUCGACGAAUUUGGUCAGAAAAAGAACCUCGAGGUCCUAGCAAGUGGGCUGGGUGCAUUGAAAAUCCUACAAAAGGCUGGAGCAAUCAUCUGCUUUGGGUCGGACUUUCUAGGUGGACUAUAUCCUCUCUAG